AUGAGGGAAGCAAUACCACCUUCUCAACGGCUUUCAAUAACAUUACGGUAUUUAGCUACUGGGAAUACUCUAGAAGAUUUAAAGUUUCAUAGUGCUAUUUCCCCACAAAGUCUUUCCUUAAUAAUUAUGGAAACCUGCGAAGCCAUAAUACAUGUUUUGAAGAAAUUAAUCAAGCUACCACAAACUGCUGAGGAAUGGAAAAAAGUUGCCAGGGAUUUUGAGAAAACCUCCUGGUUCUGGAUCAUACUACUAUAA